AUGCGAUCGGGAGGUAUGGCGUGGGAAUGGUGGAUAAAGCUAAACGGGUUGGGCGGUGAUGGGAACGAGAUGGCCAAAAGCGAGCAGGUCAUAGAUCAAAGUAGCAAUUUGGCAGACUCGUCUCAAGUGACAGGCCCAGACAGCCUCACCCACCCCGUUUUCUUGCUUCCCGUCUCCUUGUAUAUCUAUCCGCAGCUCUCCGUCACUCUUUCUUUCCCUUGCUCACUUUUGCUUUCCGGAAUCCAGCGGAGGACAAAACUCAAAGCAAGUCGAUUGUGGCUGGGAAUGAAAAUGAAGAGGAAGAUAAAACUAGGGGAUCUGUUGGGCGUCUCGGGCGUCUUGGAUGUCGUGGAGCAUAGCUGGACGGAAGAGAACCGCAAGAAUUCCACACUGGCUGAGAAGACAUGGGUAUUUCAAUACGGCAACCACCAGGUAAAUAUUACGCAAGCUCAACCCAGAAGGCGGUGUUGGAGGCGGUAA